AUGGAAUAUUAUGUUAAACCUACUCCGGCCCGUACACCCGACCAUUUGAUUCUGCAUGUCGGUACAAACGACGUGAGACAAAGUACACCACAAGAGAUAACAAAUGCCAUAUCCAUGCUUGGGCAACAGAUCAAGAAGGAACUACCUACAACGAAUCUUGCUAUUUCCGAAGUAAUUACAAGAAAUGAUGACCCAAGUCUGAAUACGAAAAUUACAGAACUUAAUACUAAGCUAUCCCAGGUAUGUACCAAUAAUAAGUGGAAGAUCAUUACCCACAGAAAUAUUUCCUCUGAACAUUUGAACCCAUAUGGGCUCCAUCUUUCUAAACAAGGAACAGCUAAAUUAGCCCAGAACUUUACAAACUAUCUAAAAAAUCCUAAUUGACCAUCUACCGAUGCUCCACCCCCUCCACAACCUGUUACCAAUACAAUAAGGCCAGUAAAGCAACCAAACCCUAUUCUUCCUAAACUUAAAGGUUUCAAAGUAGCACAACUUAACAUCGCUAGCUUGCCUAAACACUAUGAAGAACUACUUAUUUAUAUGCGUGAUGAACCUUUCGAUAUAUUGACCUUAAAUGAAACUAGAUUAGACAGUACUUUCCUAGACUGUGAAGUACAGAUACCUGGUUAUGAUAUUGUCAGAUCUGACCGAAACAGACAUGGGGGAGGGGUAGCUAUAUAUAUAAGGACUAUCAUUCCAUAUAUCGUACGUGAAGAUUUAUUACAAGAUACUCUCGAAUUGCUUUGUAUUGAAGUUAGAAAACCCAAAAGUAAACCAGUGCUUAUUUCAACUUGGUAUCGACCACCGAGUGCAAAAAUUGAAUUAUUCCAAAAGUUCGAAAACUUCUUGAAGCUGAUUGAUAAUGAAGACAAAGAUAUUAUCAUAACCGGGGAUCUUAAUUGUAAUUUUAUUGAGCACACUCAAAACCAAGCUACUUCUAAGUUAAUUGAUAUUAUUGAUAUUUUCCAACUACAGCAACACAUACAAACCCCUACUAGAACUACUUAUAAUUCUUCGUCUCUGAUUGAUUUAAUUCUUACACAUAUCGACGAUGAUAAAACCUUAGAAGCCGGGGUUGUUGACCUUGGGAUUAGUGACCAUAGUCUUGUUUAUAUAUGUCGGAAAAUUAGCAUUCCUAAAGAGCCACCAAAAAUUGUAUUUACACGACAGUUCAAAAAUUACAACUCCCACCAAUUUAAAGAAGAGCUAAGCUACUAUACUAAUCUAGAUCCCACAUCGAAUGAUCCAAAUGUGCUAUGGAAUGAAUUUAAGAACAACUUUCUUACUAUUGCUGAAAAACACGCGCCAGUUAGACAGCGUCGCGUUAAGAGUGAGCAUAAACCAUGGCUGACGAAAGAAAUAAAGCGUUUAAUGCAUCAUAGGGAUUAUCUUAAAAGACAGAGUGUUCGUUUAACAUCGAGUAAUUAUAACGAGGCCUACAAAAGAUGCAAGAAUAAAUUAAAUAAGCUUAUUAAAAAGACUAAGGAAGAAUACUUUAAAACGAAGUUAUCUAAUGCAAAUAAUAGCAAAGAGAGUUGGCAGGCUAUUAAUGAGCUAUUAAACAAAAAGCCCAAAACUACCCAUGUAACACAGCUAAAUGUAGAUGACCAAGUUAUAACUGGAGACACAAAUAUUGCGGACUGUUUUAAUCAGUAUUUUUCAUCCAUCGGUUGUAAACUGUCGAAAAAUGUCCAAAAUAUUAAUGUUGACCCUAUGACAUUUGUCACUCCUACGGAGAGUUCGUUUCAUUUUUCAUGUAUUUCAGUCCAAGAGACUUUUGACGCCUUAAACCAACUUAAUUCAAGAAAAUCACCAGGACUGGACGGCAUAAGUGUAAAACUAUUAAAAGAUACAAGCGAUGUUAUCGCGCAACCAUUAGCCAACAUCUUUAAUCUAUCUCUUCAGACUGCAAUUUUUCCGGACGAGUGGAAAAUCGCCAAGGUAUCACCAGUCUUUAAAGAAGGGAAUAAAACUGAUUGCGGAAAGUAUAGACCAAUCUCUGUAAUUUCUGUGGUUGCUAAGCUGUUUGAAGGGCUAGUGUACAAUCAAUUGAGAACGUUUAUUGCCGACAAUAGCAUUCUUGUAGAGCAACAGUCCGGUUUUCGUUCACAACACUCUACUGAGACGGCACUCUUAGGUUCGACAAAUGAGUGGUUAUAUAACAUGGACAGUGGCUUAAUCAAUGGAGUCCUGUUCUUGGACUUGAAAAAAGCUUUUGACACUGUCGACCAUGAAAUCUUAUUAAAGAAACUUCACCUAUACGGCAUAAAAGGAACUACUUACGCAUGGUUUGAAUCUUACAUCCAAAAUAGGAAAUCGAUUUGUUUAAUGAAUGGGAAAAAAUCACAUGCUAGAGAAAUUAGGUGUGGGGUACCACAAGGUUCUAACCUUGGCCCCAUCCUAUUCCUCUUGUAUAUUAACGAUCUACCUAAGUGUCUAGAAACAACCAAGGCUAACUUGUUUGCUGAUGACACAAAUCUUUCGUGUGCCGGCUUAGAUGCCAAUGAAAUCGAGACUAAACUUAAAAGAGAUCUUGAGAAUGUUCAUAGUUGGCUUAGAUGUAACAAGCUCACGCUAAACGAUAGCAAAACGGAAUUUAUGAUAAUUGGCUCUAGACAUCAUCUUACUAAAUUUGAAGACAACCCAGAGAUUUCAUUAGCCAUACGAGAUAAUAAUAUUAAACGGGUCACCAAUAAAAAAUCUCUUGGUUUUAUCAUCGACGAUCAAUUAAAGUGGGGUAUACACAUUGACGCACAAUGUAAAAAAAUCUCAAAAAAUAUUGCAUUACUAAGAAGAGCCAAGUCCUUUGUUCCUUUACACAUUCUAAUCAAAAUGUAUAAUGCUCUAGUAUCUCCUCACCUGACAUAUUGCUCAACAAUAUGGAAUGAUGGAUCUAAUACCAUUCUUAACAAACUCUCUAAGUUACAAAGAAGAGCAGCUCGGGUUAUCACAGGACAAUCAUACGAUGUUCGUUCCACUCAAAUACUAGAAAGUCUCAAUUGGAUGCCAAUUGAAGACAUUUUAAAGAAAAGAGAAAUCAUUAUGACGUUUAAAGCUUUAACUAACAGACUACCUGAUUAUGUGCAGAAUUUCUUCACGAGAUGCGAAAAUAGUAAUUAUUCUCUAAGAAGCAAUAAUGUUAAACUAUCUUUGCCUAAACCAAGAACCAACUUUCUUAAAAGAAGUUUCUCUUAUAGAGCAGCACAAGGGUGGAACGAAUUAUCGGAUGAAGUAACUAAUAACAUUCAGGAUUUAUCUUUACCCAAUUUCAAAGGGCGUUUAGCCCUUAAACUUGCACAUGAAUAAUGUAUAAUGCAUUUCCGAAAUUAAUGGAGUGUGUAAUAAUUAUGUGCUGUAAUUAACUGUAAAUAUCCAUAGUUAAUGUGUGUUUAAUACUAUAUAGCACGGCCCUUUGAAAAACAGACUGUAUAUAUUAUACUGAAUAGGCUACCGUGUUAAAAGAAAUUUUAUUAAAGAUUAAAGAUUAAAGAAUGUAGAACAAAAAAUAUUUGCAAAGGAGUCUUCUGCAUGAAAAGUGAAAAAGUGAAAAUUCAGCACCACACAGCACAAUCACACGACAAAUUAAAAAGGUUCAACGCUAAGAAAUGCAUGAUCAUGUUUCAUUUGAAAUCUUUCGCGUGCAGUAAAUUUCACACAAAUAAGCAAAGUUUGACCAAAUCUAAAUAAUUUUUAAAUAUUAGAGUGGAAACACAGGUCACACGGAGAAAUUUUUCGUGCAAUUUGUUCAAUAGAAAGGUAAGGUUUGGUAGCAAAAAGCAAGUAUUUAAUCGUUAUUAAAUUAAGCAAGUAUUUUAAUCGUUAUUAAUUAAGUACUCUGUAUUUUCUGCUUGUUCUUCGGACACUACGUUUAAAGUUCGAUAAAGAUAACCAUUUCAAUUAUGACACCGAUAUCACUGUUUCACAAUGUUAUAAAGAUCAUUUCUUUAUUGUCCAAUGUGUAUCACUUCCUAAAUUGAAUCGGAUCAAAUGUAACAAGUACUUAGCCGCGCGACUAAGUCGAUAUCCGAAUUUGGUUUCAACAUUUCAACUAACAAGCUUGGUGCUCAGCGGGGACAUUUCACCAAAUCCUGGUCCUGAUCACCACACUAAAACCACCAACGGUUUAAAGGCAUUAUAUUUGAAAGCAAGAAGUCUAAAAUCUUUUGCAUCACUUGAUGGUGGCUCUACUAAACACGGUGGGAAAAAAAGACAGCAAAUUGGGCCAAGUUUUUAUAACUUUCUGAAAUUAGUUUGGAAUAUCACGAAACUUUCUCACAAGAUAGAACUUGCCAAUCCUAGAAAUCGAAUCGUUUUUGUUUUUCGAUUUUGUUACAUUUUGGCGGGAAAAUGACGUGCCAACUUUGGCGCCAAAAAAUUAAACACGAGCUAAGAACAUGGUAGUAACUUUUUUGAUGAGAUUGUCCUACGAGGAUCUCAAAACUGUAAAGACGUUCAAAAUACGCCAAAGCAGUGCAAAGAUAUGGUGCUUAAAAGUCUGAAAAAUCCGCCAUUUUGUUACUAAAAAUAGAUUUUUUCGAACUUUGAAUCGCCAUAUCUUCGCACUGCCUUGUUGUAUUUUCAAUGUUUUUACAGUUUUGAGAACCUUAUAGGACAUUCUCAUCAAAAAAGUUACUGGCAUGUUCUUAGCUCGGGUUUAAUUUUUUGGCGCCAAAGUUGUCACGUCAUUUUCCCGCCAAAAUGUAACAAAAUCGGAAAACAAAAAUUAUACGAUUUUUAGGAAUGGCAUGUUCUAUCCUGUGAGGAAGUUUCGUGAUAUUCCAAACUAAAGUCAGAAAGUUAUAAAAACUUGGCCCAAUUUGCUGUCUUUUUUCCCACCGUGCAUUACAAUUCGCCCCCCGUUUAAGUGUGUAAUUGAGCCUGCUUUUCAACUAAUCAGCAACAUAGUAGGACGCAUGCGCACUUUGACGGCUCCGAAUUUCGGCAGACUUCGGUAUACUGUCGGGAAAAUAAUCGGAAUGCAACGGGUAUCUCCCAGUUUGUUUGUCUCUUGGAUGAACACGUUGUGUUCGCUUGUAUUGAGAAAUUUUGUGUCAGUUCUAUCAUGGCAAGAAAUCACGGACAGGAUUAUUCUACUUCCUUACUAACUUUGCAAAUCAUUAAUACAUAACCCGUUGAAAUAUGGCUUCGAUAGUAAACAGUAAAUUAUGUUACGAGAUGCUUUAAAUCGCAAAAUCAAAGAAUAUUGGUAGUCGUUUGCAAUUUGCCUCGACUGCUGGCCGCAGAACACGGUCUGUUGAAAUAUAUCGUGUAGUGUUUGCCUGGUGUAAGUUACUGCCUAUUCUGCAUUUUCGUUUGUUUCUAGCGGCUAUAGUGCGGUAUUAUUAUAUAGAGUUAAAUAGAUAAAUUCCGUACAAAGUAUAUAGCUUGUGUACAAAUACUGAAAAUGGAAAAUGCUCACUAAUUAAAGUCAAGUCAACAUUACGCUAAAUAGUUCGACCGAAUUUGAUUUACCGGCAGCCAGCGACUGAGGCAAGUUGCAAACGACCUACCAUAUUCUCUGCUUUUGGGAUUUACAGCAUCGCGUAAUAUAAUUUGCUGUUUACUGCAGAAGCCAUAUUACGAAGGACGUAUAAUAAAUCAUGACCGUGAUUUCUGGCCAUGAUAUAUUUAAAUGGAAUUUUCUGAUCGAAUUUUUAGAAUCGAGCGAAACCUGUCGAUUUAAUAAUUACUGAAUAGCUAAAAUAUUUAACAUCACGAUGGCAUCGAUCAGUAGCGACAUAAAACAAAGUUAAAUACAUUCAAAAAUGCUUUUCCGGCUUAUUAUAGAAACAAUAUAACUUGCAUAUCUUAUAUUACUGCCUCAUUCGGUGGUAGCCUAAUAUAGACGUAAAAUAGCACUGGAAAUGACGUUAAACUUUAUCUUCCGAGUACAAAAAUCAACAAACUAAACACGGAUUUCCGAAGUUUGAAAUUUGCUUCGGAGUGCAAUCGGAAUAAAUUAGAGCAAAGGUAACGUAACGACCUAUGGGAUAUAUACCCCUGGUGCAAGGGGUAAAAUUCCCGGCUUGCACUAGGCGCAGCAUUACACAUUCAGACCGGGCUACUUUUGUCAUGGAAAGUAUGUAAGAUCACGCUACUUCAACAUCUAGCUUUUAGUGGCUCCUAUGAUAUCAUAUUGGCAUAUGCGAGACAUGGCUAAAUGGCUGUAUAUUGAUCAGCGAAAUAUUAUCUGGCUACAACAUCUUUCGCCGAGACAGAAUUGACCGUGUUGGAGGUGGCAUCUUAGUUGUAAUAAAGGCUGAUAUUAAAUCAACUCGACGUUCAGAUCUUGAAAGGAAAAGUGUUGAACUUGUUGGAGUUGAACUUAGUAGACCGGACAGUCGAUCAUUUUUACUUUACACGUUUUACCAUCCUCCCGAUUCAUUGCCUGAAGUUCUUCAGCACCUUAACUUAUCGUUGCAAAGUAUUUAAGAAUCUGACUGUUGUGUUGUUGUUGGUGAUUUUAUUUUGCCCAUGCUGGACUGGCCGAAUGAUCAAGCUGCGCCUGUUAAUAUCCGGGAAACGCAAGUGGUAAUGUCCUUUGUGAAUUGUUUUGAGACCAUUUUUUACAUCAAUUCACAGAAGGCAAGACACACGAAGCAGGUGAUAAACUAGAUUUACCGUUAUGUAAUUGUCCUGAGACUAUUGAGAAAGUAACCACAACACCAGCUGACGAAUGCAGUUUUCCAUCAUAUCAUUAUAUCAUAAAUUUUAUAAUCAGAUUUAAGUUUGAACGCACUAAGCCUGUUAAACGCCAAGUCGUCAAUUAUUACCAGGCAGAUUUCGAAAGCUUGCGCCACUCCUUGUCCCGCAUAUGGUGAAUACCUAACCAAGAUCGAGAAAUCCUUAAAUUCUAAUCUCAAAACUUUCUGGAGUUAUCAUAAGGCUAUGUUACAUCAAAGAACAAACCAUAUUUCUGCGAUCAUUCACAAGGGUGUUACAGCAACUAAUUCAAUUGAAAAGGCAGAACUACUCAAUGCCUAUUUUACCUCUGUGUGUUCCAAACCAACUGCGAACCCGGAUUAUGCGAAUUUUCCGAAUUAUCAGGAGUUUUGCGCAGAACUUGCUGAAUUCCAAUUGACUGCGGACGAGGUCCUUGCUUAUCUGAACUCUUUGGAUACGUCUAAAGCAUGUGGCGCUGAUGGGAUACCAGCGCGUUUACUUAAAGAGUACAGUUUCCAGAUAGCACCCAGUUUGUGCGGUUUGUUUAACUAUUCGUAA